AACAAAAAUAAAGCCUUCCAUUUGUUAUCCUCCCUUGGCAUCUUUUGUUAUUGAAAGGGAGGCGAUCACCGCCCGGCUAUCUCCCAUUGAUAUCACGUUUGCGUCUACGUCCCUUUCGUCCAUCAAAACCAUUCACAACCCUUUCCCUCUUCCACCCUCCUCCAGCUCUUAUCCACCUAGCUCUUUUCCCACUCCUUUUACUGCUUCCACCAUUCCCCUCUCUGGCUUUCUCAAGUGUUCUUCUUCCUCCUCCUCAUCCGUCUCCUUUUAUCUCUUUAUAUAUGAGAGUGAGCAUAACAUGGUUUGCCGGGAAGAGUCGUGCCAUACCAUCGUCGUCGUACAGGCCUUUUGUACUCGUCUCAUAGAAUCCGGUCUCGGCGAUUGGAUCAGGAGGUGAGAUAUUGUGAUGCAUGGAUUGCCUCCAAGACUGGCCCGAACCAAUCGUCCGCGUCCAGUCCCUUUCGGACAGCGGCGCCACCGCGAUCCCCGACAGGUACAUAAAGCCGCCCUCCGACCGUCCUUCUUCGGCCCCAUGCGCCAACCUCGGCAUCCCGGUCAUCGACCUCGCUUCGCUCGCCAGCGGUGGCACCGCCGACUGCGCGGCCGUCGUUCAGGCCGUAUCCGACGCGUGCCGGGACUGGGGAUUCUUCCAGGUGGUGAAUCAUGGCGUGGACCUAGCGCUGAUGAGAAGGAUGAGGGAAGUGUGGCGGGGGUUCUUCCAUUUACCCAUGGAGGUGAAGCAGGCGUAUGCCAAUUCCCCGAAGACCUACGAGGGCUACGGCAGCCGGCUCGGGAUCGAGAAGGGCGCCAUUCUUGACUGGGGCGACUACUACUUCCUCCACGUCCUCCCCCCCUCCCUAAAAAGCCAUGACAAAUGGCCUGCCCUCCCUCCUCCCUUGAGCAGGGAGAUCACCGACGAGUACAGCCAAGAAUUGAUAAAGCUGUGCGAAAGAGUGAUGAAGGUGCUGUCGUCAGGCCUGGGACUGGACGAGAAUUUCCUGCAGAAGGCGUUCGGCGGGGACGACGUCGGUGUUUGUAUGAGGGUCAAUUUCUACCCCAAGUGCCCCCAGCCGGACCUCACGCUCGGCCUUUCCUCGCAUUCGGAUCCCGGCGGCAUAACCGUGCUCCUGGCCGACGACCGCGUCAAGGGCCUUCAGGUUCGUCGAGGCGAUGGCUGGGUCACCGUUCGGCCGAUUGCCGACGCCUUUAUCAUCAACGUCGGCGAUCAAAUUCAGGUGCUGAGCAACGCGACGUAUAGAAGCGUGGAGCAUAGAGUGGUGGUGAAUUCGGAUUCGGAGCGGAUAUCUUUUGCCUUCUUCUACAACCCAAAAAGCGAUCUGUCCAUAGGACCAGCCCCAAUACUGGUGACACCUGAUCGCCCUGCACUCUACCAACCGAUGACCUUCGACGAGUACCGCCUCUACAUCAGGAAGAAGGGACCUCGUGGAAAAUCCCAAGUAGAAUCGCUCAAGGCCAUCUAAUGUUAUCUUUGAUCUUCCUCAUCUCUUGUAUUCUCAUCUAUAUAUAUAUAUAUAUAUAUCAUUGGUAUCGCAAUAGUAAGAAUUCAUACAUGUAAAUCUUUGGCUA